AUGGGUCAAACGACAAGUAGCGGACAAAAUACAACCCUACUCACAGCUGGUCACAAUCAUGCCGGACAACUUGUGAGCGAAGAUUUUGUUGAUCACUAUCAGCUGCACAAAGUAAAACUUCCCUUCCCUGAUUGGCUUGAAACUGGUAAUGCUCUAACAAGAAAAAUCAAAAAACCAAUCACCAUCAAAAGAGCCAGUUGUGGUGCUGCUCAUAUGAUACUAAGAACAAACCGAUUGAAUGAUCUUUAUGUAGUUGGUAAAAAUAGUGAAUUUCAAUUGGGUCUUUCUAACAACAAACCUGUAAAAGAAUUAACCAAAAUCGAUACCAACAAAUUCUUGUUAAAGAAUGAAAAGAUCACAGAUGUAUUUGCUGGAACUCUAGUUUCCUAUAUUAUUGCCAGAAAGAUUAAUCCAUCAUCCGAAGAGGGUGAUUCGAUAUAUUGGUGUGGUUCUCCACCACUACAAAAUUUAUAUGUUCAUAAUGGAACAUCCUUAGGACAAGAAUCUAACUCUCCUACGGGAGCUUCAUCAUCUAAUAAUUCUCAACCAAUUUCUAAUUUUUCUUUUAUUCGUUGGACACCUGAAGAAGGAUGGAAGAAAAACUUUAGAGUUAAAUGUUUUGAUUGUUCACGUAUUGGAGAUGAUCACUGUAUAGUUGUAAAUCAAUAUAAUCAAAUUUUCGGAAGAGGCUCUAAUGCCUAUCAUCAAUACGGAAGAAAUUUUGAUGGUCAAAACUUUGAAAGAUUGACAGAAAUAAAAUUAAAGGGAUAUGAGAAACAACCACCAAAUGUAAAAUUAGUUGCCUGUGGAGGAUUUCACAGUGUUAUAGUAUUGCAGAAUAAUGAGUUUUACUGCUCUGGAUUAAAUUGUCACGGACAAUUGGGUUAUGAUGUAGAAAAAACUCAGUACGAUUUUAUUGAACCUCCUAAUUUACCAUUUAAAGGUAAAGAAAUUACCAAUGUAGCUCUAGGCUUAUAUCAUACUGUAGUAGUAGUAGAGCAUUCAACGAUAUAUGUAUGUGGUGAUGGACGAUAUGGACAAUUAGGAAAUGGAGAAAACAAAUCUAUUAAUCCAGUGUUUAGUCGUCUUAAAUUAGAAGCUGUUUCACCAGUCACAGGUAAUUUUAUUAGACAUAUGAAUACAUUUAUAAUUGGUGUUUCAUGUGGUCUAACUCAUACCGUGAUUGUUACAAGUGACAGAAAAGUCUGGAGAUGUGGAGGAAAUGACUUUGGUCAAAUAUUUUUAAAGAAUGAACUUCAAACCUGCAGUUUUAGUGUAACAUUUGAACCGAGAUGUGAAAUUAAUCAAGUUUCGUGUGGUGGUAAAUUUACUGCAUUAUAUUUGAGAAAAAGAGUACCAAUUUAUGCAUUUAAUAUUGAAAGACAUUUGAAUAUUUGGGAAGAUAAGGAGAAUAUGAAAUCUUAUAGUGAUAUUGUUGUAAAAUGUUUGCAUUAA